AUGUCAUCGUUCCGGCAGUUUGUAUGGGAUCCGGUGCUCUUAGUUAGUCAGAUGACGUGUCUCCAGACGUGCUUUUACGCCACCGAGACGAUUGUUAUGAUAUUUUGCAGUUUCUUCGGAUACGAACCUCUCCUUUCCACAAUUUUCUCAGCACAAGUAAGUCGAUAUUAUACCACAAAUUAAAGUGUGUUAUUUGCAGGCUCAGCGAUCAAUGGCACUAAUCCAACUGCUGGCAGCAGUGGGCGUGUCGAUCGCCCUCUCUCACCUUGUGCAGCGGGCGAAACAGUGCCUCGACUUCGUUUGUACCGUCCACUUCUUCCAUCUUCUGUUCGUUAUCAUCUACAAUCGGUCAUUACCCACCCAGUUUACUUGGUUUGUGCCACUCUGAAAAUGAAAGCAGCAACACGUGUUCUAGGUGGAUUCUGCAAGUCAUCUCUGCAACAGUGUGCACAGUUCUCGCGGAAUAUCUGUGCAUGCGACUAGAGUCUCAAGAGAUCAAACUGGAAGGAGGUCCGUCUCGAUACGAUCUGUGA